AUGUCGAAUACCGACUUUCUGGGUCGUGCCAUAGACAUUGUGAAGAAGGCAAUCGAAGCAGACACAGCUGCUGAAUAUGAGAAGGCGUACCAGUUAUACUAUCAGUCCCUGGAACUUUUUAUGCUAGCUCUCAAAUGGGAAAAGAAUGCGAAAUCAAAGGAGAUGAUCCGCGCGAAGGCAGGGGAAUACAUGGAGCGAGCUGAAAAGUUAAAAACGCAUUUAGACACAGACGGCGGUAAAAAGAAACCUGGGAUGGUAGGCAGUAAUGGUGCGACAACGGGAGGCGCUGGAAAGGGGGAGGAGAAGGAGGGCGAAGAUGCUGAUAGCAAGAAAUUGAGAAAUGCGCUUGCGGGUGCGAUUUUGCAGGAUAAACCUAACGUCCGAUGGGAGGAUGUAGCAGGGUUAGAGGCUGCGAAAGAGGCGUUAAAGGAGGCGGUUGUACUGCCUAUAAAAUUUCCUCAUCUAUUUACCGGGAAGAGACAACCUUGGAAAGGAAUUCUACUCUAUGGACCACCAGGAACCGGAAAGUCAUAUCUUGCAAAAGCAGUUGCCACAGAAGCGAACAGCACUUUCUUCAGUGUAAGCAGUUCGGAUUUGGUCAGUAAGUGGAUGGGAGAGUCAGAAAGGUUGGUGAAACAGCUGUUCGCAAUGGCGCGGGAAAACAAACCCUCUAUCAUCUUCAUCGACGAAAUUGACGCUCUAUGCGGUCCAAGAGGAGAAGGAGAAUCUGAGGCGUCCCGACGUAUCAAAACGGAGAUGCUUGUUCAGAUGGACGGAGUAGGCCGUGAUAGUAAAGGAGUUCUAGUACUAGGAGCAACCAACAUCCCUUGGCAGCUAGAUGCGGCUAUUCGUCGCCGUUUCCAACGUCGUGUACACAUCUCUCUUCCUGAUGCCGCGGCGCGAACUACCAUGUUCGAGCUUGCAGUAGGCACCACACCAUGUGACCUCAAGAAAGCAGACUUCAAGAGACUGGGAGAGUUGAGCGAUGGAUAUUCUGGAAGCGAUAUCAGUAUUGCUGUACAAGAUGCACUCAUGCAACCUGUCCGACUCAUUCAGACAGCCACUCAUUAUAAAAAGGUGAUGGAUGGAGAUGUCGAGAAACUGACACCCUGCUCUCCCGGCGCGCAAGGAGCUAUGGAAAUGAAUUGGACUGAAGUAGACUCCGACAAGCUUUUAGAACCACCACUCCGCUUAUCCGAUUUCGAAAAGGCCGUUAAAGGUGCGAGACCGACGGUCAGUCAGGAGGAUAUCAUUAGGAGUAAAGAGUGGACCCAGGAGUUCGGUAGUGAGGGAGUUUGA